AUGCCUGUGAUUGUCCUGGAGGCCCGGGACUUCACCAGUCCGCUUUUUCUGACGCGGACAUGGGAGGUCAUUGCCGGCGGCGUAGCCUUCAGCCUCGCCGCCGUGGAGCACACCGACAGCAACGUGUUCAGGACCUUCUGCAUGUUCACCUGGUGUUUCUUCUUCACGCUGACGUUUCUCAUCCACGUUCUCAGCAUCAUUCAGUUUCACAGCCUCAUCCCAAUUUCCUGGAAGAACCUGACAGUGACGGUGGCAGUGUACGGGGCCCUGAUGAGCCUCAGCGCCUCUGUUUACUUCCCUUGGAAGGUGAUGCCUCACGAGAAGGCAUUUGGCCGCAAUGUGGUGGCAACGGUUGCCUCUUGUCUCACUGCAGUGGCCUACACCUCAGAGUCUGUCAUGCUCGGCUCACAGGCUCAGGAGCAGAAAGGCUACAUGGGCAGCCUGCCUGGGAUGCUCAAGAUCCUCCAGCUGUGGGGGGGCUGCCAAAAUAUAACAUUGGUCGUGAAGACCAUCAGUGAGCUGUCCGGCGAGGGACAUACUUGGCAGACUUGGGUGCUGGGUGUGUGCUACGUAUCCUGUGUCUUCAUGUCUCUCGUCACGCUGUUGGUGAUUUUAGGUGACCUGACCGGGCGAUGCCUCCUACCUUUUGACAGGUUUUUGACUGGCUUCACGCUGAGUGGCGUGCUGUUCUACAUGUUGGCCACGGUGAUUUGUUUCACCAAGAUACUGCAGCUGCGAGGCCUAAAGGGCAGCAUGGAGCUGAUCAUCACGGAAACGGUGCUCUGCACCAUUUCGCUGCUGGCUUACACAGUGGACCUGGCCUUUUCCAUCAAACACUUUUUUGACCGGAGUAGCAUGUGA